CCCAGUCUUUCGCCAGUCUCUCGCGGACGGUUGUCCGUGUUUGAUGUCGAAUUAGGAUGCUGUUACUCGCAAAUAAAGUGAAAAAGAGAAGAAAGAAGGUCGACGAUAUGGAAUAGAGUAACGGUUCGCAGUUUCUCAUCCCAGAUCGUGAAAACUUGUACUAAUCUUGUAGUUAGUUCAUCGGUAAAAUACGGUAGAAUGUUAUAGCGAAGUAAAUCGGUAAAUACGAAACAAAGCGCCAGCUGCGGGGAAGGUGUUUUGACACAUUUUUCAGUGCCGUAAGCUCCAAACCCUGAAAACAGAGAGCCAGCACAUUUACCAGAAGAUUUGACAUUGGACCAAAUAGAUUGCCUCCUCGUGUAUCCAUACUCGACAGUGAUUAGCUUUUGGGACUACUUAUGCAAUUUUCAUGGACUGCCAUUUUAUUGUUGGCUAAAAUUUGGAUAAACAAAAAUCCUCCACUAUGGGACAGCAGUGGGUACCGGGUCUAAAUGGUGGUCGCGGUGGUCAACGAUUUGUACUGACACUCGCUACAGGAAUGGUUUUCGGGUUUUUUUCGGCUUGCUUGCUUCUUGCAGCAACAAAUGAUGCUCCUCGCAUGUUUAACUGGAUCACUGGCAGCCCUGCGGUAUCUUUCAGAGAUCCUCAUCAUUCCUCAGAGCUUGAAUCAGAGACAGGCCCAGAAACGGAUGUAAAGUUUCAUGGAGCUGAUGAAGAAUUUCACAAAGGAGAAGAUGAGGUUGCCCAACAAAUGGCGAAAAAAAUUAGGGUUCUUUGCUGGGUAAUGACUAGUCCAAAGAACCAUCAAACUAAAGCUCGUCACGUGAAAGCUACUUGGGGUAAACGAUGUAACAUCCUGCUUUUCAUGAGCUCAGAAGCCGACACGAACCUACCGGCUAUAGCUCUUCCUGUGAAAGAAGGAAGAGACAAUCUGUGGGCAAAGACUAAGGAAGCUUUUAAAUACGUAUAUGAAAAUUACAGAGACAAGGCUGACUGGUUCAUGAAAGCGGAUGAUGAUACGUUUGUGAUUGUUGAGAAUCUCCGCUACAUGCUACAGUCCUAUAGUCCCGAAGCUCCGCUCUACUUCGGGUGCAGAUUCAAGCCGUUUGUUAAGCAAGGAUACAUGAGCGGAGGGGCAGGCUAUGUGCUCAGCCAAAAAGGACUGCGCACGCUGGUAGAGGAUGGACUGACGGAUAAAACGAAAUGCCGAGCAGACAACGGUGGAGCGGAGGAUGUGGAAAUGGGAAAGUGCCUGGAAAAUAUCGGAGUCCGUGCAAUGGACACUCGCGAUCCACACGGACGUGGCAGAUUUUUUCCAUUCGUCCCUGAGCAUCACUUAAUUCCGAAUCACGUGGAUAAAAAUUUUUGGUACUGGAAGUAUAUUUACUAUAAAGCAAACGACGGUCUGAAUUGCUGUUCAGACAGCGCUAUUUCAUUUCAUUAUGUAUCUCCCAACAUGAUGUACGUAUUGGAGUAUCUCAUUUAUCAUUUGCGACCAUAUGGCAUAUCUCACAAGGUUCAAAGUAUCUCGCCAGUACAUUCCAGUGCUACGCCUGAAUACUAGUCCAAAAUUAAUAUUACUUUAUGUAAGAAGUUUUAGACGGGAAUUCUUGUCCAUGGUGUCCAGCAGUUUGGUAAGGCAAAUCGCCGAAAAUUCACAAAAAAUGUUUCUCCACUUAAUUGCUUUCGUUCGUAAUCAGGUCGUAUGUUACAUACAUCCACAGGACUACUUUCAUUUUUCAUCAUUUUUUUUCAUCACUUUCGUCAUUAUCAAAUAUCUUUCGGAUGUUCAGGGUAACUGCAAAUUAACUGGAAUCAAAUAAUUUGAGCUGCUACAAUUCUCAUCGCGAUUCUGAAAAAAAACUAAUGUUAAAGUUUCAUUGAUUAUUCUCCGAGUUUGCUGAAUCAAAAUAAUUACCUGAUUAUCUCCAGCUUUUCCGUAUGUCACGACCUUGAUAUUUUAGCACUGUUCGCUGAGUUCUUCUAGUAUUUCCUUAUUUUCCGUAUUCACCGAGCAUUGGACACCACGUUUAUUCUUGUACCAUAAUUUGUAAUAUACUAGUCAUUUUAAACCAACGAUAACUUAUGUGAUAGGUAAUUACCAGCCACGUGCAGCUUGAAAAGUCAUAAAGAAGAAAAGUAAUAACGGCUUACGAGUUUUACCUAUAUAUGUAGAUACAUGCGUUUGUAAAUAAUUUUUUUUUCUUAUUUCUUUACAUUGGAUGAUAAAAAGUAAGGAUAAAAGGGUAAAUUGCUCAAAGGAUGGAUUACUUUACAUGGCAAGCAUAAAUAGAAAGGGUUCGAUUGAUAGUGUAUUGAAAAACUUGAGAAAAAAAAAGAACCAAUGAUACAGAAACAAAAUAUACAUUAUUCCUGUCUUUUCGAAUUAUACCUAUUAUAAUUACAUUAUACAGAAGAAAUAAGGAGAGAAAAUAAAUAAAUAAACGAGAAAUUCUUACAUUUAUACCCUUUCUCUUUUAUGCUUGCAAUUUGAAUUGCAAAACGCACUUCAAAUUUAGAACGAAGUAUAUAAUUAUAUAUAUACACAUAAAACUGUAUUUCGUAAUAUUAAUAUAAUAAUAAUAAUAAUAAUAAUCCCAAUAAUGACGUACUACCCAUGUAAUAAAUACUAUAGAUACAGAGUGAGUGUGGGUGUGUGUGAGUAAAUUAAUUAUUCAAUUCAUUCAUUAAUUAGGGGGUUAGGGGUUCCUAUGUACAGGUCAUAUUUGUACUAUGCGACUGACGCAGUUUUGCCACCGCGGCUCCACCCAGACACGUGCCUCCCUCUCCCCCAUCUCGUUCUCCGUCCCCUUUUUCAUCUUCUUAUCAUGUCGUAUCUUAUUCCACUUAUUUUCUUUUCUUCUCUUUGAAUGAUCAAAUCCUUGGACGACCAAGUUAAAUUGGCUAAUUCCCGCGAUAUGAUCGCUUCAUAAAUUAUCAUCUCUCUAUCUUUAAACAUUAUAAUAUGUUACACUAUGCCGUAUGCAUAAGGAGUACGGUCGUCCAACGUAUCAAAUGACAUUUUUUUUUUCUUCCGAAGUCAAUAUAAUUUUCACUCGUUACUAAAGUGUUGCGCUUCGAGUCUGGCUAACGUGAUAACAGUGACUCGAACAGGGGAGCAUACACAUCGCGUUUCUCAUUUCCACAACAUCGCAUACUUGGGGCUUUUAUGAGGCAAAUAACAAUUACCCCCGUUUUUAUUUUAUUACCUAUAUAAAAUUAUAAAACAAUGUAAUAUAUUCGUUUUUAUAUUACUUGUCGCGCUA